AUGAACAAAGGAAUGCCUUCGAAGGUAUCUCUUGUGAAGGCAGUUGAUGGACAGAUGGAGCCUGAAAACCAGUCAGAUAAUUGGUGUCGCCACUUUGGAACAAAGACUAAAGGAAGACUUGUUCUGAAUGCGCAUGAAGUGGAGUACUUGAAUGGCAAUAAUGAAUCUAAUUGUUGUAUUAUGACGAAGGCUUACUUCUUCAUUAAGAGCAAUUGUUGCAAUCUUCUUCUUGAUUUGAACGGCGACUUUAUGCUGUAUAAAAAGCACAAGAACUUCAACCGAAAAAAGGACAAACCUAUGUGUUCUAUGAAAUUUGUUGGCAGUGAUGAUGCAGCAAGAGAUGCUAUUGGAUGUAUUGGAGGAAUAUUGAGCAAAGAAAGCCUUGGAUUUUGUGUGCUAUCUGAGUCUCAAUUUACGUUUUUGAAGGUGACGAAGAUGGAGUGUUUAGAUAUGAAAACACCAUUAAAGUUAAAGAAGUAG